AUGUAAGACAAAUAAAUUAUUCAGCUUUUUGAAAAAUACUCUAAGCUUAACGAUCCAAAAUUAGUGUUCUAGACAAGUGAAUAAAUUUUGGAAAGAGUAAAAGAAGAUGAUAUAACCUUUGUAUUAUCAAAAAUUAUGAAUUGUUUGCAAUCAACAGAUUUUGACACUACAAUCAAUUAUGCCUUACUAUUAAAGCAACUAAUUUAGAAAUACUCAUCUAAACAACCAAAAUUACAACCCAAAGCUAUUUUCGAUAAUUUACAAUAAACUUUAAGCAAAAAGAAUUCAUAUGGCAAAAGUGAGUUUAAACAUUUCAUGCUAACCAAAUAUUUGGUCUAUUCGUACUUAGAUUUUUAGAACCUAUUAAAUAUUAUACUUGAAGAUCGAAAAACUGAAGAUUCGGAAUACUUAACCUAUGUCUUAUUGAAGCAGCUGUAUAAUUUAUCAAAUUAUCUAGUAAACCUGAAAAUGUUAAAUAAGUUAGCAAUGCAAUAAAAAAUGAUCUCUAAAAUUUAACACCUAGAGUUUUUUGUAUUUUAGUUAAGCUCCAAUAAUUGAGUCAAAAAGGGUAAUUCUAAUGGGAUAAAUAUCUUCAAGAAUAGGUGUUUGACAGACAGAAAUUCCAUAAACUUUUAGAAUAAGCAAAUGACCAAUUCCCAAAGAAACAACUCUUCUAUUAGUACUUAGCCAUAUAUAUGGGGAAGGUUAGAUUACUUGUUUAUAUUUAUAGUUUAGUCAAUCAUAAGAAAAAUAAAAAAUAUAUGCUGAGUUCUGGGAAUACCUAUUCUAAUAAGAGGACUUAAGAAAGUUAAACUAUAUCAUUUUAUCAAUUUUUAAACAUUUCCUAAAAUCGACUACUGUUCCACUCUCUCUAAUUAGAAAUUAAUAAUUGGUUGAAUUAUGGUACAGGUAAUUUGGAAAUUCUAAUUCUGUUAUGAAAAGAUUAGCAAAUAAGAUUGAAUAAUACUUGACUUAAAGAGAUACUUCUUUUGAAGACAUUGUUUACCUUAGAAAUAUUUAUGGUUAUAGAAUACAUCCAAAAAAUGCAAUUGCAUAAAAAAUAUUGGCAAAGUUUACAGAAGAUGAGGUAGAUCAAUACUUUGAGAAUAUGAAAUAAUAAGAACAAUCUUCUACUGAUCCAAUCAAUAAACUCUAUUAUUUAAAUGAAAUCUAUGUUCUCGCUACUGUAAGUAAUACAAACAUUAAAGUCUUGACAUCUAUGAUAAAAUAUAUCUAUGAAAUCGGGUGCAUAAAUUUUGAAUAGAUUUAUGAGCAAUUAGAUGAAGAGUCUAAGGAAGCCUACCAAUUUGAAGAAAUUAAGAAAAAGUUUUUAGAUUAAUGUUAGAGUUUCUUUUACUCACUUGUUGGAAAAGUAGCUGCUGUAAAUAUUAUAUAUGAUAAGUAGAAUGUGUAAGAAUUUGAUGAGUUAACCAAAUCCUUAUUGAAAUAACUUAAAAAAUCGGAUUUAAGUAAAUAAUAUAAAUUGAUUACUGGUAAAUAACCUAAAGAAUGUAUUAAACAUUUAGUCAAUGCAAUCCUUAUGUUUUCAUUUCUCAAUUAAGAAGAAGGAUUAUAAAUUUUGGAGGAGUUUCAACACAUUGCAGGCGACAUUUAAGAUGAGGAACCUCAAAUAAAAAAAAAAGUAAAGACUAAUCCAGAGAAGGCAAAAGUUGUCUUAACUGAAGUAUUUAUUUAAUUGUUAACAAAAUCUCCAUGUAACAUUAUAAAUUCUAUAUAUUUUUAGAAUUCUUGAGAGAUGCUGUUAAUUAGUGCUGUAAAUCACUUGAGUUUACAACAGAAUGUUUAGAGAUUUUAUUGGAUGUUUUGUUGAAGGAAGAUCAUGAAUAUAUUGCUGAGAUGCAACAAUAAGAAUUAGAUGAUGAGGAAGGUGGAGAUGAAAGCUUAGAAGAAGAAGAGGAGGAAAAUUAAUGA